GGUAGGUUGCCGACUUGUUAGGCCGGAAGGCGGGCGCACCUGUCUGUCAUCAGCGCCGACUGUCAAUCUUACUGACGCUGGCGCACACGCUACGAGAACCCGCCGCAUUCGUAGUGUUUAUCUGUCACAGACAACAAGAAAUUAGUUAUAACGGGAAGUAAUUUGAUCAAAAAACGACGGUGUGAACGAAAGAAACAUAGAGAAACUACACAAAGAUACGCCGGUGAGUUGUCGGACGACAGAUCAGUUGGUCGAAGAAGAAAACGUGAGAGAGAAAGAAAUCGUGAAACACGCCGCGUGUUAACUGUCCUACGUUCAUCAAGUAUCGAAUAAUCACCUCAAGCCCACGAGGACGUUACCACAUCGCGUGCACAUUACGUCUACCUCAAAUUUUUCAUUAUGGAUCAUCGCAUUGCAAGAGAACGUUUUCCUUCGUCGAGUAGUACUGAUGAUGAUCAAAGCGGCUCUGAUACGGAACAUGACUCGAACGCAUUGCGCUCUAAGGUCCACUCUGGAAUAGUUCAUCAUUCUGGUACUCAUUCGGUGCGAAAACGUCGGGGAAAUUUACCAAAGCAUUCGGUGAAGAUUCUAAAACGAUGGCUUUACGAGCACAGAUACAACGCGUAUCCAAGCGACAGCGAAAAGCUGACAUUGAGUCAAGAAGCAAAUUUAACUGUACUCCAGGUUUGCAAUUGGUUUAUAAAUGCCAGACGACGAAUUUUACCAGAAAUGAUUCGAAGAGAAGGUCAUGAUCCUUUGCAAUAUACAAUAUCUCGUCGUGGUAAAAAGAUGCCUGCAGGAAAUCAUCAACAAUCAUCCAGUCUUAAUUCAAGAUCUAAUCAAAAUUGGGAUUCGUUAGCUGGCAUGAGCGCUCCAAAACGUAGUAGAGAUCAUGAUUAUGAAGAUCAUGCUGGAUUAAUGUAUAGAAGCGAAGAGGAUAGUCCAAACGAUUAUGAAAGCAGUUCUCAUAGUGAAGAGGAACGUCCGUCAACACAGUGGCCAAGUGUAAUAGUCUAUCCUUAUUCGGAAGCUAAAAUUGAACAAAAUGUUAGUCAACUUGGUCCUUAUGACGAAACGAUUACGCAUCCGGCGCGGCGUGGAGAUGAUGAUGAAUCUUCCAUGGGAAAUGAAGCUGCAUAUUGGAGCGCGCCUAGACAGCACCUUAUUCAAACCUCUGAUGUACAACAUGAAACAGAAGUAUAUAGUACACGUAAGACUCAUAGCCCACAUACAGAUGAAACGCCACCUCCAACACCACCCGAAGAGGAUAAAGACAAGUUCAAGUGUCUUUACUUGCUGGUUGAGGCAGCUGUUGCCGUGCGACAACAGGAAAAAGAACGUGAGGGGGCCGUACCGGUUUAACGAGAGCAGUGCUUCUCGCAGCUUACAAUGAUGUUUUUUUUAACUUUCGAUUUUCCAUUAUUCUGUGGGAAAUACAAAACAAAUCUUCGCUUUGGUAUCAUCGUCACGAAAUUGAUAAUUUUAUUUUAUUUUAUAUUUCUUUUUUUCUUUCUUUUUUUUUUCUUUUUUUUCUUUUUUUUUUUUUUUUUUUUUUUUAAUUUUAAUUUUAAUUCUUUUCCUCUCUUUAACUUCAUUCAAUAAUAUUCUAUAUAUAAAUAAUUUUUCGCAAUUUCGAUAUACGUGAAUUGAACAAAGAAAAAAAAGUUAACGUUAUUCACGAUAUAUUUUCCUUUCGAAUAUUUUAAUUCUUUCAUUAAUUUUGCAUACACUUAUGUAUAUAAGAAAAGGAGAAUAUCAAAGACUUUUGAAAUUUAAACAAUAACAAACUUGAAUUAUAUAAUAACAAGACAGUAAACGAUUGUGCAUAUAAUAGUGCUCUUCGAAUAUUGUGAUUAUCUUCAUGCGGCAUGUGAUUUAUGAAUGCAUUAUUUUGAAAUCACAUACAACGAAAACUUGCAAAAGUACAUACAUACGAACAGUACUAUUACUGUUUUUCAGUAUUCGUUGUGUUCUUUAAAGUAAUAACAAGAAUUCUUUUGAAUGGAGGUCAGUAAGAAGUUUAAUAAGAACAAUCCUGCCUUCUUGUUGAAAAAGUAAAAUGCCAACAUACAUACACUGUAAAUCAAUAUCGAAUAUAUAUUAUAUCGCGUGAAAAUGACACUUAAAUAAGAUACGUUUUUGUUUUGAUGUUUAUAUUUUUUUGUCGAUACGCGUAUUCCAAUGCGCGAUUGGCAGAAAGAAACGUGAGAUUGACGGUCAAACAAGUGCCAAAAUAUUGUGUUGAAAGUGAAAGAUUGUGCGAUGAGAGGAAAAGAAAUCGAAUGUCAAUUUAUAUUUUCGUUCGAAUCUUUGUUUCGUGUAUCGUAAUUUAUCAUAAAUUGUUUAUAAUGAUUAUUUUCCAUCAUUCGUAGGGAAAAAGAGAGAAGCGAAAAGAAACUAUAAGGGAAAGGAAAAAAUAAAAAAAAAAAAAAACAAAUGAUAGGAAUGUUAUGAAUGUAACACUUGAGAAUAUAAACAUUCAAAUGUUUUUAUUUUAUCCGAUAAAGAAAGAAGUAGAUUUAUUGGAUAUAAUUGUUUACAAAGUUUAUUUAUCAUCAUGCUUUAAUUUAUGCUUCCUAUAUAUAUAUAUAUGUUCGCGCUAUAAUAAUUUGGCUUGCAACAGAAAAAACUGACUGAAAGAAAAUGAAAAGCAUUUUCUUAUUUUCCAUUGUCACUCUUCUUUUCUUUUGCAGUCAAAUUAAUUAUGCGAUAUUAAUAAACGUUGAUUAUAUUAUUUGCCAUUUAUAUUUAAAAGUUAUACAGUACUUAAAUUCACAAUUAUAUUUUGUGUGUAUUCUUUUUCCUUCUUUUUAGUAAUGUUUUUCUAUCAUUUUCUAAUUAUUAUUGUUAAAACUAUACCAACUAUUUUACAGCAAUUAUGAUUUUUAUAACAUUUAUAUUCGCAUUUACGUUAAACAGAUAAGACUGUUUUGGAAAAGAAAUUUAUACACAUAGUAAUGUUUUACGUAAAACUGAUGCGUCUCCCUUUUAUCCUUAGAAUGAUUGAAUGAUUUAAUAUAAAAUGAAUAGUAGCGAUUUAUGUUUCGUCUUUUACAAGUAUAAAAAAGAAAAUAUGUUCAAUUAAAAAUAAAAAAAAAAAAAAAA